CACACAAACACACACUUGGCCCCUUCACCUCAACAAGCGACAGAAUAUACCAUGAAGAAGUUGAUUCGCCGCCUCUCUCGCGUCGCCGACUCAUCUCCCUACUCUCUCUUACGAUCGGAAACUCGUUCUUCACCUACCGUUGCACCUCGUCUCUGCCAAUCCUUCCGAUUAGCCAAAUCACGCCGCUCCGCCGCCGUACCAGAGGGACAUCUACCGGUCUAUGUCGGAGAAGAGAUGGAACGAUUCGUGGUGAGUGCAGACCUAUUAAACCACCCGAUUUUCAUCAAUUUGCUCAAUAAAUCUGCUCAAGAGUACGGUUACGAACAAAAAGGCGUCCUUCGGAUCCCUUGCCAUGUCCUCGUUUUCGAACGUGUUCUCGAAGCUUUACGAGCAGGAAAAGAAGCGUCUCACAACCUACAAGAGCUUAUUUCCGAUGAAUUCCUGAGAGUGUAGAAAACAAGGUUCUGGUACUUGACUUGAGAGUAGAAAGGAAGGAACAGGAGUGACACCGAAGACCGACGAUAAAAAAGGUGUGUUGGAGGUUCCUCUUUCGCUUGGACAGAGGCUACGGAAUGUGUCACGUCAUUGAGAAAGGUGCCCUUCCGACCGUUUUCUCUAAUUUCCGUGGCUCCAUGUCUCAGACUUCCGUAUUGCA